AGCGUCUCUGUCUCUGCAGAUCCCGCGGACAUCUGGAGCUGCCCUGCCUGGGAAUCAAACAUCCUCACCGAGCACCGAGCACUGACAUCCCGCAUUGACCAAGCCCGGUGUGUCGCUGUCUGUUUCCCCAGUGAAAACAACCCCCUGGAUCCGGUUUUGUUGUGGUUGCUGUCCGGGCUGGCUCUCCUGCAGGCUGCAGGACUCCGGAGGGACCCCUCGGUAAAAACACGGAAACACGAAGGAAACCCGGGACUAAGAGGUGAUGCACUGAAGUGAUCCGACAUCUGAGAGCGUUUUAGGCCCUAUGUGAGCUGCGACACACCCGGACCUGGUGAGUCUCGAACCCGGAUCCUGCUGAAAUCUGGACCCAGAAGAUGUCUGGAUUAAAGCCCAUCAGGAUCAUGAAUCAUCCCCCCUCUGCUCCUUUAAUCCGGGUUUUACGGAGCUGGAUUUAAAUCUGAGAUCUGAUCUGGAUUACUCUGCUCCUGGAUCUGAUCGGUUCACGUCCUGGUCCCGGUCCCGGUGUGAUCUUGGAUUCGGUCCUGAUUGUUUGUUUUUCUGAAGUGGGGGGGAGUUCUGCUGUCAGCCAUGCCGACGUCCCGGCCCGGUUCUGCGCCGGUGGAGUUCUGGGUGGACGGGUCGAGGCGGGACGGGACGGUGGAGGAGUUCUACACCCUGAGCUCCGAGCUGGGCAGAGGAGCGACGUCCAUCGUUUAUCGCUGUGAGGAGAAACAGACGCAGAAACCCUACGCCCUCAAAGUUCUCAAGAAAACGAUUGACAAGAAAAUAGUCCGUACAGAAAUCGGAGUCCUGCUGCGUCUCUCCCAUCCAAACAUCAUCCAGCUGAAGGACAUUUUUGAGACGGACACGGACAUCGCUCUGGUCCUGGAGCUGGUGACGGGAGGAGAGCUGUUCGACAGGAUCGUGGAGCGAGGGUACUACAGUGAAAGAGACGCAGCGCACGUCAUCAAACAGAUCCUGGAGGCCGUGGCGUAUCUGCACGAGAACGGCGUCGUGCAUCGUGACCUGAAACCGGAGAACCUGCUGUACGCUGAUCUGUCGCUGGACGCUCCGCUGAAGAUCGCCGACUUUGGUCUUUCCAAAAUCAUCGACGAUCAGGUGACCAUGAAGACGGUCUGUGGCACACCGGGCUACUGCGCUCCGGAGAUCCUGCGGGGGAACGCGUACGGCCCCGAGGUGGACAUGUGGUCGGUGGGCGUCAUCCUCUACAUCCUACUCUGUGGGUUCGAGCCCUUCUUCGACCCGAGGGGAGAUCAGUACAUGUACAGCCGAAUCCUGAACUGCGACUACGAGUUUGUGUCUCCGUGGUGGGACGACGUUUCCCUCAACGCCAAGGAUCUGGUCAGUAAGCUGAUCGUCCUCGACCCUCACAAGCGUCUCAGUGUGCGGGAGGCCCUGCAACACCCCUGGGUCCUCGGCAAAGCCGCCCGCUUCUCUCACAUGGACACCGCCCAGAGGAAGCUACAGGAGUUUAACGCUCGCCGCAAACUUAAGGCUGCCAUGAAAGCCGUCGUGGCCACCAGUCGGAUGCACGAGAGCUCGCGGCGUCGCACUGACAGCUGUGAGAUCCCCGGCUCGGGGACGUCCAGGCAGAGCAGCAUGCAGCAGGACCCGCCUCCAGAGUCCACCAGCCCCACCCCCGGUGACGAAGAGGCCCCGCCUGCGAACCAACAACCGUCUGAGGGGGACGAAUUAAAGCCCUCCGACCAAAUCGCCCUCGCCCCGUCCCCUCCACGCACCCCAGAACCCCCGCCAAGCUCUGCUGCCACGCCAACAGGCCCCGCCCCCAUCAGGCCGCCACUCCGGGUCGAGGGGAUUCGACAGGCGUCCGUCAUCCCCAAAACCAUGCUGGUACAGCCCCGCCUGCAGCAGAAGAGCUACUCCAUGGUUGAGCCCUCCCCCAGGGUCGAUGCCACGCUGGCCAAGCCUCCAAGUCCCAGCAGCCUCAGCAACGGCUUCACGCCGGGGGCGGAGCCUGCCAGUAAGACCACCCCCUGCCAGUGAUCCCAUAUCGCUUAGAAAAACUCCACUUCAUCUUCCUCUUUACAAACAUCUCAAAUCAUUUAAAGGGACCAAAUGAACCCACAGCUUCUGUUGUAUACGGAGCUAACGUUUAACAUUAAACUUCCAUAUCUGCGGCUACGCUAACGUGCUAACAGAUACACUCGAGGGUUUGUUGGGUGUUUUUGCAGCUAGGAUAGAUGUUCCGUGUUUGUUGAGCUGCUGGGUUUUAGUAAGGAGGCUGGGUAGGAUUCAAGAUUUGAGAAAGGAUAAGGGAUAAGCGUACCAAGGGACUUACAAGUUUCUUAAUCCGGGAAAGAAAAUCAUCCUUGUAGAUCUUUAUAUUUGAACCUUGGGGUGGGAGUACUUUUUGGGAUAUUCUCUGAGAUUAAAGUGGUCAAUUUAUGAGAAUAAACACUCACAUUUAUGAGAAUAAACACUCACAUUUAUGAGAAUAAACACUGACAUUUAUGAGAAUACUGGAGUUGAGUGAAGAGUAGAUCCGACCUUGCAAAGUGAAGCGCAGUUUCUGACUAUUUUCCAUGAAAUUUGUGACUUAAAUCUCAGAGAAUUUGAAUAUAUGUUUCAUGCAAAUGUAGAGAGACAAUUUUUCUUGAAAAUGUUGCUCUCUAAAUUAAUUUAAAAUGUUUAACCUCGGAUGCUCUUGGAAAACAGACAUCAGUUUGGACUGUGCGUUUCUGCCAAUUAAAACACGUAGAUAGUAAGAAGUUCAGACGUGGUCCAGAUGUGGUUAGCCUAGCUUAGCAUAAAGACUGACUGAGAACAGCUAGCUUGGCUCUGGUCUACAAACACCUACCAACACCUCAGUAGCUCAACCACAUACUUUGUUUGUAUCUAUAGUAAGUGGUAGCGACCUUUCAAUCACAAGGCCGCUCCUUUAUCGUCUAUUUUACUCUAAGUGGGACCAUAGUUUAAAAAAUGCUGUAUUUAGAAUUACUAGAACUAGCGGUUUGAAACAUAAUCUCAUCAAGAACAUGUUUACUGAGAUAAUUUAUCAAGUUAGAGGCAAGGUCAUUUUCUCAUAGACUCUCAUAGACAUUUUUCUGAACCAGGUAGGUCGCCCCCUGCUGGUUGUUAGAGAGCAUGUAGGUUUAAGGUACUUCCCUUAAGGCUUUACUUUUGAGACUUUAAGGCUAUGUCCACUUCGUUUACAGUGUCUAAGGUUUAAUCCGCACAAACACAGAAACCAGAGACGCUGCACUGAGGCUCCGGGCGGAUGGAUGUAAAGACUUGAAACGGGACAAACAGAGACUCUGGUUUCUUCCUCUUUUGGAAACAGAAGGUGACUUUUUUCCUCGAAUGCUCAGGACGGAGCUGAUUGUAUUUUAUUAAACUUUAUUAAACACACGUCUGCAUGGACACUGGUGUGAAAGACGAGGAGAAACAGAGCUGCUUCUUCUUCUGCAUCCCUUUGAGUGUCGGGCAGCUUCAGACAAAGAGACUCUGAUAAAAGUUUGAAGACACAAUCUGCUUCUUUUUUGUUUUUAAUCCUUUCUACUCUUUACUGUUGACUCCCGCUGGAUUUAUUCUGCAGCCGAAUGAGUAGAUAGAUCCGGUGUUUAUUUCAGUGACGUGUUGUUUUAGCGAGUGAAACGCAGUGUUGUUUACACUUCUAUCAGCAGUGUGACGAUGAUCUCCUGUUUGCACCGUACAUAGUUUGGUUUCAAGAUUAUAUCUGACAUCUUUACAGCCCAACCAGAGACACAAUCAGUGUUCAGACCCCCCCUAAAAUAUACCAAAUUUGACUUUUGUCAUUCAAGGGUAUCUUUUAACCUGGAAAUGUUUCCCCAUGUGUUCAUUUUUAAAUGAAUAAUGUGGACACCAAUUUUAGAUGUUGGUCUAGUAUUGAUCGAGAAACAGGCAGCAAUGAAAUCCUAUCAGGCAAUUCAUCAGCGGCAAAGUAAAUCCACUUAAAGUUUGUUUUAUAAAUGUCUGACAACAUUUUGGAAAGGACCCUAGACAGAAUAAAUCAAAAUACAAUUCUUAAAGGGGUCUUAAUGAUCUUUUUGGGGGGUAUCCCUUUCCUAGUGUGUUAUAAAGGUUUUAGUGCAUGUAAAUGGUCUGCAAAGGCCAAAAUCCCUGUGUUCCCCCUGCCUGAAUCACGUCCAUUGGACUCCUUUGUUUAAUCCCGGAACAAAGUGACAUCACUAUUUAUCUCUCAUGCUUCAGUUGGCUAGCGCUCCAACACAUUGUAUGUGAUAGGUCAAGGGGCGGGACAUCUGCAGGUGGUGGACAAAUCAGAGCAGACUGGGCUCUGGUUUCAGACAGAGGGUGAGAAGAGGUGCUGCAGCACAGGCAGUAUGAGAACGAUAAAGAGCUUUUUGAACAUUAAAGCAUGGAGACAUGUCCCAGGAGAGACACAAAAUACUGAUAUGAAUCUGAAAAUGAGUGUAGCAUGGGAUAGACACACUUACAUACAGAGCGAAAAGAAAAAGGUCUAAUUUCUCUGCAUGGGUCCUCUCCGUAAUGUUGUCAAAUACUCUUAAUAAUCUAACCCUGGCUGAGGCAAAAACAAGCAGGACAUACGUUGAUAGUGAUGAAUUAACAACACAUUUCAUCCCCAUUACAUACAAAUGUGGAAAGAUAGGGUGCAAGUUGAAGAAGCAAAGUAAACGUUUAAAUGAAACCCUUUCGACCACACGUUCUACCUCUCUUUGUACAGGGGCUUCCAAAAAUAAUAAUAAAUAAAAGCAUCUCAAAUAAAUCUUGCCCACUAAAAACAAGAAAACACAAAUCUACGGUGGCCAGGACAGACCAAAUAAAAUGCUAAUUUAUAAAGAAAAAUCGCUUUUCUGUUUUUUUUCAGAGAUGGAGCCCCACCCCCAAAAAAAGAUACCACUUUCCAUCUUGUAAAUUCAACAAAAAGUAAAGCCUUGCGUUUUGUAAAUCUGUGUCAAAUUUGAACAUGAUACUAAAGUUAUAAAACCCAUUAUUUACUAACAGACUUUAGAUUUCAAUAGAGAAGAAAAAUAAAAUUAUCUGUAAAAAUGUUUACAUCCUCCAUAAAAUCAAAACACCUACAAAUCAUUUUUUUCGGUCAAUUUUAUUACAUUUUCCGCCAGGUUUUGUGCAUAUUUUAAAUACUUUUCUAGGCAUUAUUGGGCAAAAAAGCACUCUGAUCUGUUGUCAAAAGUCAAAGUGGGCUUGUCUUGAACAACGUUUCUAAGGUCUGACUGAUGUGUAGUUUGGUUCCUCUUUAAAACCUCUGGUAAAAACGAGUCUUCUGCUGUUAUAACUUCUUGCCAAAUGAAACUCACUGGAUAACUUUCUGUCAUGGUAGAAAGCAUGUACUCUGUAUAUUUGAUUUACAUCUAUACUCUUGUGUAAAAACAUGAAUAUUUUUGCUUCUAUUUAUUCGGAGGGACAGUCAGGGGGCGGGAGGGCCGGGUUAAACUGUAAACUGUGUUUAUUGUUUUGUGUUUGCUGAGUGAACUCGUACCUUUUUUUUAUUUUAAAGGAUAUAAACGGACAGUGUGACAGCUGUUAACAUGUGUAUCUCUGCAUGUAUUAUUUACUUUCUGUUGAUCAUAUCAGAUUAAAGACUCAGUUUGCAUCC